AUGCUUCAAGUUAGCGACUACCCUUUGGACUUAACUAAAACCUUAGACAGGCCUAAAUCUGGCACAGCAAAGAACCCCAUCCACAGAGACAGAACCCGAAGAGGAUCUGGAAGGUCCCUCUCCCCCUCCAAAACACCCUCUCCGCGUGAUUGGGUGCAGGGGGUGGGCGAGGGAGAAGUUGGGGAGUCCAGUCGGGGAGGGGGGAACUGUGUGGAGGACAAGGAAGUUCAGACUGAUAUUGACAGUGUGCAUUAUAAAGUCACUUCAAACUACAUACAAGGUGGGAAAGUAAGAAGUGUAUCAGCUCACAACAGAUACAGAGAGAGGAGAGAGGCCCUUCUUGGCAAUGAGAACAAAGGGGUGGGAGGGGGACUGCUGAUGAGUCAUGGCUUCAGCAGUGGACUCAAAGUGGACAGUCGAAAAGCACAGCUCUUCAGUAAACACAAAAACCCCGGAGCACAGGAAGGACCCGUAUUCCUCGUAUCUGUACCCUCACUUGACGGAAUAGUGCACGAGUACCAAGAAAUGCUUCACAAACCUACAUCAAAAUCGAAAACAGACCCCCCACUCUCGCCUCGCAUUAACGCCUACAACCAAGGUGGGGGUGCAAUAAUUGAAGUAGAUGAGGGGGUGAAAAGACUGAGGAAGAAAGGGGGGAGCGGUAAAAAGGGGAGGGGCAAGGGGAUGGAAGAAGCUGUGGAGAUCAGUAGAAUAACACCUGUGGUUCCGAGGACCGACGAUGCUUAUGGAAGCCCCGAUGAAUCGCCAGGGCGGGGGGAGUACGACGACGGAAUUGAAAAAACACGAGAAGAAAACGAAAUUAACGAAAAUGAGACUGCAAAUAAUAAAACAACUGAUCAGUUUCUGAGCCUUCCUAACUCAACCAACCCCAACACUCCCAAACCGCCACAUCGACCAAUCAGAGUCCAGAGUGCUAAAACUGUUUCCCAACGAACUGUGAUUCCCCACGGAGAGCCGAAUGAGUUGCAAAGUUACCAUAGGAGGGCAGAGAGACCGAAGACUGCUGCAUCUACAACUGGAAGGCCGAUUAGAGCGGAUUGGGGUAAUGUGCAGACUCAAAAUCAAGACCGAUGGGCUACACGCACUCAUUUCCACUUCCAGUCCCAGCAUCAUGAGGACAUGCGAUGGGGUGCUGGGAGACCUCGGACUCCGACAAUUCCUCAUAAACAGAGAGUGGACUGGUACGGGGAAGGAGGGAAUCAUGAGGCACUGCAGAGACCCCAGUUCCUUGUUGCCAGCUCCAUCAAGCCACAAGUCGAUAAUACGUGCAAAGAUGGGAAGUAUAGACGCCACGUAGCUGGAGGGAGUGGAUACAUGCACUUAAUCAAACAGAUCAGACGACCCAAAACAGCACCUGCCUCAGUGCCCCAGCUGAACCGCAACAAACACAAACCCCCCUUCAACCCAGUUAAGGUCAAACUGAAGGACGGACAAGAGUGUGGGUGCACAAGGUCAGACACCGCAACAAACGCAACAGACACUGGGGAUGAAGGGGAGGGGGAGGGGCUGAAUAGUGGGAAAACGAGGGAGGGAUGUGUGGGUGUCGACGGGGCUCUGAGUUGUGUGUCUCCGCCCAAAACCAGACUGCACAUCAGUACAAAGCAGGAAAUAUUGAGAGUGUACAAGAGAGCUAGUGGGGAUGACAUUGAGACUGGGGUGAAAAUGGACAGCGAAGGGUACCAGCGCAGUCUGCAGUGGCGACAACAACAACAGCAGCAACAACAACAACAGCAGCAAAUCAAGGAUCAAGAAAAAGAGGCGCAACUUAAUGAUCAGGAAUGUGAAGAUGGAAUCAGGAGAUGUCACCAUCAGCAUAACCACAACCACAACCACUCCAAGAUCAGACCAGGCACCGCCCCCCUCGUGAGUCCAGGGUGGCAGAGACGCAUGCAGGACCAAGCCGAGUCACAUCUUGAAGACAUUUCCACUCGUGUGUUUCUACCCGACACCAACUCAUUUGGGGAAGGUGCUGAUACUAUUCAUGAAGAGGAGAAGAUAUUUGAUCCUAAACAGCUGUACCACUACACCCCACGCAAACACCAGGACGACUAUCCCCCCUGCAACCACGCACACGGACCAUACGGACUCAAAUAUUGGAUCGAUGAAAUCACAAAACGCAUUCAUCAGAAGCAGAAAGCGAAGCUGGGGAAGAACUACAAGGCCAAGCCACCAAAACCCAAAAAACCAGACUUAGUGAUUCCGAUAUGAUCAAGUGAGUGAAGGGAUCUGAUUGGUUGAUUGAUGAUGAUGCUCCCCCUGUUCUGUUCCAGCUCCCCCAUUCGUGCGCAGUGAUAGUACAGAGAGAAUCAUGCAGAUG